AUGAAUAGCUUUCGUCCCGCAGAAAAUCCAUACGGUCCACCGUCGGUGCCACAGUCUUCACGGAGUGAUCACAAACGUGAAGAGUCACCACCGCAGAGAUCAAACUAUCACAAAGAUCAUAACCGAUCAAGGGGACUAAGGCAAUGGAGGAAUGGUGGUGGAGGGAACGGCAGUGGAAACGGAGGUAAUAGUGGGAAUUCAAGAAUGCGAUCGAGGAAUAAUUUCAACGAUCGUAGAUCCCGCGAGAAGAAUAGGGAUUCUUGGACCAACAGACAUUAUUCGGACAGGCCACGUCACCGUGAUUCUGGAUCUCAUAGAGAUAGAAGAGAUAGCUGGGUUUCGAGACCGUUUCAACAAGAUACUUGGUUUCCACGUUCUUACCGUAAUCAUAAUAGAAGUAAGUCACCCCGCCAUAAUAGACGACAUACUUGGAAUCAGGAUCAUUAUCCUCAAUACCAACAGUCUACAUCGUCUCAGAGUAAUUGGUCAAACUCUUCAUCAUCGGCUAAUGCUGUGUCUUCCACCACGAACAAGACGUCUCCUGCAUCUCACAAUUCACAACAAAACGUUUCUCAUAGAACAUCACCACGUGCUUCAUCACCUCAACAGGUUCUACCUGCAACUCCACAACCUUCGACAUACGACACACCGCCACACACUUCUCAACAUCCUACGCAAAUGUCAUCAUUACAGUCACCGCAAACAGUAGCACCGAAUUCAUCACAGAUACCAAUUGAACAACACGCAUCGCAUAUGAUAUCUCAACAUUCAUCGCAAAUACCAGGAAUACCAUCUUCACAACAUUCACCAAUUCCAGCACAAUGUCCACCACAACACAAUUCAUCCGUUCCACCUCAUCCACAACAUCAGACUCCACUUCAUCAAUCUCAGAUGACCUCCCAACAAGGUCAACCACAACAUUUGACACAAUACUCCCUACAAAACCCAACCCAACACCAGCCCCAACAUCCAUCACAGCACCAGCCUCAGCACUCUUCACCACACCCUCAUCGUCAUCCCCCACAACAUCCUCCACAACAUCCUCCACAACAUCCCCCACAACAUCCUCCACAACAUCCUCCACAACAUCCUCCACAGCAACCAUUACAUGCAUCUCUGCAAUCCGCUCAUCAACAUCACAACCUUGCACCAGCACCGCACAUGCCACUCCGAUCACACGUUCAACCUGGCUCACUAGUUCCCCCAUCUGCACCACCUGGCCAACUUCAAUCUGGGCCAGCUGGUAUACCCGGAGCCCCCGGUCAACAUGCUCAACUCCCCCCUUACGCUGACCAAAAUUUCCAGGAACCGGCUCCAUUUCAAGGACAAUUACCUCCCCAGAUAUCUACAUGGGAACAAAAUACUGUUGGAUAUCCACAACCUCAACCUCCUGGACACCAUUAUGCUGAUGCUUAUUACGGCCAAGCAUCGUAUGAUCAGUAUGCAUCUCAAUACGGCGGGUAUUUAAACACUGGAGACAAUAUAAACUAUUCAUAUGGGGACAUUGACCGGCAACAGCCAGCGUAUACAUCACAACAGCAUCAACCGCACAUGUUACAACCACCACAGCAAUAUCAAAUUCCUCCUGGGAUAGCGCCUCCACCUCCCGGGGUGACGCAGAUUACACAUCCGAUGCAUUCAGUGUUAAUGUCACAUCCGCAAAAUACUCGGCCACCAGACCCAUCUUCGCAUAUGGGUAAUUUGGGACAGGGGCCACAUUCGUUGCCGCCUCAGGUUCCACCGCAGGGUCAUCCAGUCCCACCGUUGGCUCCUCCACCGACGAUGGCUCUCAAGCCUAAUCAACCGUCAAAUGUUCCAGGAAAUGCGACAACAGCUGGGUCAACGUCUGCGCCAAUACCUCUUGGAACAAUACCGAUGGCACCUGGAACAACUGCAAAACACCCGCAUCCGGUAGGUGUUGCGCCGCCAAUGCCAAUUCUCCAUCCACCAGGAAUAUCAAAUACAACUAUAUCAGGAUCAUCCACGACAAGUGAUCAAGUAAUGAGCGCACCGCCACCAACUGCGAGAUCAGUUCCAAAUAUGACCCCUGAAAAGCCUCCUGCUAGGCGCGCUCAGACAAAUUCGCAACUGCCUGUAUCAGUAUCGUCAAGUGGGAAACCUGUUGAAUUAUAUGAGAAGUUGGGACAAGUUGGAGAAGGUACUUACGGGAAAGUGUACAAAGCAAGAAAUAAAAAGACAGGCCAAAUAGUUGCCUUAAAGAGGAUAAGAAUGGAGACCGAGAAAGAAGGUUUUCCUAUUACGGCCUUGCGAGAAAUUAAACUGCUUCAGACUCUUCGCCAUCAGCAAAUUGUGCGCCUGUUGGAAAUUAUGGUGUUCAAGGGUGACGUGUAUAUGGUCUUUGAGUAUAUGGACCACGAUUUAACUGGAGUGUUGUCAAAUCCACAGUUGAAAUUCGAACCUUAUCAUGUGAAGUGUUUAAUGAAGCAACUCCUUGAAGGACUUGCUUAUUUACACGAAAAGGAGAUCUUGCACCGGGACAUAAAAGGAUCAAAUAUCCUACUUAAUAAUAAGGGUGAAUUGAAACUGGCCGAUUUUGGACUUGCUCGCAGAUUGCAAAAGCGAAGAGCAGCUGAUUACACCAAUCGGGUGAUUACAUUAUGGUACAGGUCACCAGAGCUGUGCCUUGGUGCAACUGAGUAUGGGCCAGAAGUCGAUUUAUGGAGUGCUGGAUGCAUCAUGUUGGAGCUGUUUACUAAAAAGCCGGUCUUCCAAGGGACAGAUGAAAUUAAUCAAUUAGAGUUGAUAUAUAAACUUUUGGGUACACCUACGCGUGAGACUUGGCCGUCAAUUUUGCAGUUGCCUUGGUAUAAUCUAAUAAGAUUCAAAGAGAGAUACGAGUCUAAACUUAAAAGUGUAUAUGGAGACAUGAUAUCAUCGGGAGCAAUGGAACUCGUCGAGUCUCUGUUGUCGCUCGACCCAUCGAAACGACCGUCUGCGAAGGAAGCAUUGAAAUUCGAGUAUUUUACUUCCGAAGAACCAGUUGCAUGUUCACCAAACGAGCUUCCUAAAUUACAAGGAGAUUGGCAUGAGUAUGAAUCCAAGCAGCGAAAGAAAAAAAAUAGCACAACUACAUGGGACGCGUAA